GGCCGGCGAGUUUGCCUUCGCCUACCUGGCCUGGCUCAUCUACUCCAUCGCCUUCACGCCCAAGGUGGUGCUUAUCCUGGGCACGUCCAUCCUGGACCUCAUCGAGCUGCGCGCGCCCUUCGGCACCACGGGCUUCCGCCUCACCAUGGCGCUGUCGGUGCCCCUGCUCUACAGCUUGGUGCGGGCCAUCAGCGAGGCGGGCGCCCCCUCGGGCUCCGGGGGACUCCUGCUCCUGCAGCCCCAGCAGCACCGCGCCGCCGGCUGCUUCCUGGGCACGUGCCUUGACCUGCUCGACAGCUUCACCCUGGUGGAGCUGAUGCUGGAGGACCGGGUGCCGCUGCCCGCGCACCUGCGCUACCUGCUCAUCGCCGUCUACUUCCUCACCCUCGCCUCGCCGGUGCUCUGGCUCUACGAGCUCAACGCCGCAGCCGCCGCGGCCUCGUCCUGGGGCCAGGCCUCAGGGCCUGGCAGCUGCAGCCGCCUUCUGCGCCUGCUGGGCGGCUGCCUGGUGGACGUGCCCUUGCUGGCGCUGCGGUGCCUCCUGGUGGUGAGCUACCAGCAGCCCCUCUCCAUCUUCAUGCUCAAGAACCUCUUCUUCCUCGGCUGCCGCGGCCUGGAGGCCCUGGAGAGCUGCUGGGACCGGGGCAGUCGGGCCUCCCCCAGUCGGGCCAGAGGGGGCUACAGUGCUCCGCCCUCCGCCCCACCGCCACCUCCACCGCUGCCACCUCAGGGAGGCUCCCAGCUGGGCCACUGCAUCGCGGAGAACGAGGGAGGGGCCCAUGGCUAUGUCAACACUCUGGCUGUGGCCUCCCAGAAUUGAGGGGAUGAAAGGCAGGUGCUUGCUGUCGGGGUGAGAGACCCUAGCUCCCUUGUUCUCUGACUUCUCAGCCAGAUCUGAUCAGGCUCUGUUUGGAAGAGGUAAUGUUAAUCGGGCUAAGGGCCAGUGUGUGCUCUGCACCCCUGGUGCAGGCUGUGUGGAGAGAGACCAGCAGUUAAUGGUGAGGGACGAUGGUCCACUUGCCCUACUUCCCCUUCUGCAUAUCCUAACCUCCACGCGGCUGGAUCCCUCCGCGUCUUGCUUUUCCCACCUCCACCCUAAUUCCCAUUCAGUGUGGGGAAAAAUGGAGGAAAGCGGUGCUCCAGCAGGUGGUGCUGGGCCUUGGGCCUUUCCUCUCUCUUGGAGGUGCCAGCCUCUUUUAGGCUGUGGUUAUUGGCCAUUGUCCCAUGCCUUGAAAUCGACUCAGAAUCCACCCUUCCCCGAUGUGUCUGUUGGAUUCUUCCAGAUGGUAGUGCAAAGCUUGUGUCUUUGUGUGUGUGUAGUGUUGUUUUCUUGUGUCCACCCUGUGGCCCCUUACAAUUGGUGGGAGAUCUGGGGAGGCCUUGCCCUCCUCACCACCCCUCUUUCCUGCCUGAAGUUGUGACCACUAAUUCCCAGGAAGAGCUGGGCCCCUGGGAGCUGCCUGCCCAGUUGCUCUUCUCCUCCAAGGGAGAAGCUCACCUGGGAUCUCCUUUAAUCCUGCUCCUCUCUUCUCAGCUCGGGGGGAGAGGGGGUCCAUACUCAAAGGACCAAACUGCACCCUUUCUUGGGUGAGUGAGCAUUUCUACCUCCGUGCUUUCAAUAUUGUUGCAUCAUGCACUGAUGCUGCCUGCAAAAAAUACGGAAUACUCAGAAGUUACUUUCAACAUGGCUACCAGAUCUAGCUGGGGUUUGGUGCCAGUGUUAUUACAGGGUCUGUGGAGCACCAGCCAUUGGCUGGCCCCCUCUGCUCCUCCCUCUGCACGCUCGUCCUUUCCGUGGUUUGUGCCGGCUGGGUCAGAUCUUGGCUCAAAGCAAUAGCUUUGGUGGGGUUCCUGGAUGGAUGUGAAGUUGGGCCUCCCCUGGGCCUGGGGAGUGGGAAACCCAGUUGCCCAUUCGUGCUUCCUCUAGGAGUCUUGGUGUAGAUCAGACCUUUCUCCUCUGCUCUGGUUAAAGGUCUUACUGGGGACAUGGCAGACCACGGAGCCCUUCCCCCAUAGUGUUCCUCUUGUUGAGGGUGAUGACAGAAGACAUCCAGGGGUGGCCCACUUGUAGUCCUAAUGUGGGACAUCACUCUUGGAAUCGUUGAGACAGGGUAAAUACUUUCAGGGAGGUCAGGGUGCAGGAGGACAGCAGGGGGCAAGGCAGGAAAUACUCACUUUCCUCCACCCUCAAUAGGAGGGGUGGGGGAAAAACUUUGAGAAUUUUUGUUUCGCCUUGUCCCUGCUUAUGCUUGCAA